CCAAUACUUCUAUGGCUCGCGAACUAACAUUCAAAAGGCAGGCGUUCAGUAUAUCAUCGAUUCUGUGGUGCAGUCGCUGCUGCAGAACGAGACCCGAAAGUUCAUAUACGUUGAAACGGCAUUCUUCUGGAAGUGGUGGGUAUUACAGACACCCGAGCUUCAGGAGAAGGUCAAGAAGUUGGUUAACGAUGGUCAAUUGGAGUUCAUAAACGGUGGCUGGUGUAUGAAUGAUGAGGCGGCCGCACACUACCAGUCCAUUGUGGAUCAGAUGACAUGGGGUCACCGACGUCUUCAGGACGCGUUUGGCACGUGUGGUAUACCAAAGAUCGGGUGGCAGAUCGACCCCUUUGGUCACAGUCGAGAACAGGCGUCCAUUUUCGCACAGAUAGGCUUCGACGCCGUGUUCUUCGCUCGUCUCGACUAUGAGGACAAGAAGAAAAGAGUGGCCGAGAAGAGCAUGGAGUUGAUAUGGCAGGGAAGUGAUGACUUGGGAAGUGCUUCAGACAUAUUCACACACGCCAUGGAAAUGGGUUACGGUCCGGCCCCGGGCUUUAACUGGGACUUAGCCAAUGGCGGUAGUGACGACCCGAUCAUCGAUGACCCGGAAUCGGAGGACUAUAACGUGGAUAAAACUGUGGACAGACUAUUCACGUACGCAAAGGUGUACUCUAACUAUUACGCCACAAACAAUGUACUCUUCCCAAUGGGCACUGACUUCUACUAUCAAGACGCCAACAUGUGGUUCAAGAAUAUGGAUAAACUCAUCAAAUAUGCCAACCAAAGGAAGUCCAAAGGAUCCAACAUUAAUGUCUUUUACUCGACUCCUACCUGUUAUUUACACGGCGUGCAUAUGGCUAACCAUACCUUCCCCACCAAAAAAGAUGACUUCUUCCCGUAUGCCUCUAACACCCACUCCUAUUGGACGGGAUAUUUCACGAGUAGACCAGCGAUCAAGAGAUACGAAAAAGUUGGCAAUAAUUUCCUUCAGGUCUGCAAACAGUUGGAUGUCUUAACUCAGGGAAAUGGUAAGAAUGAGGCGCUGGUGACCCCCUUAAGGGAAUGGAUGGGU